UAUGAGUAUCGCUGAGGAACUAGAACUGUGAUAGUGUAUUGUUUGUUUAUUAUUUUGUACAAUGUGUAAUGCAGUGUAAACAAAAAAUGGCUGCAGCUUCGGGAACGAUGACAUUUCAGGAGAAACAAGCAGAGAGAAUGAAGAAACUGAGAGAGCUUCACAGUAAAAGGAAUGAAGCACGCCAGUUGAAUCACCAAGAAGUAGUGGAAGAAGACAAGCGCAACAACCUCCCAACCAAUUGGGAAGCAAGGAAACGAAGAGCAGAGUGGAUUUUAAAUGAUGAAAAGAAAAGAAGAGAGGCUGAAGAAGGUGGUCAGGAUUAUGAUCGUGUGAAACUUCUCAACAUUGGAGCUUCGGAGGCUGAAAUACUUGAAAAAAAGAAGAAGAAGAAAAAUCCUGAUACAGGUUUUGCAGACUAUGAGCAAGCUACUAUCAGGCAGUACAACCGACUAGUAAAAAAUCUGAAGCCAGAUAUGGAACACUACAGUCAACAACGUGAAAAACUUGGAGAGGCUUUCUAUGGCAGCAGAAACACAAUUCUACAUGGCUUGCAGGAAGACACGAAAGAGGGGAUUGACAGAAUGGUUGAAGAUUUGGAAAAACAGAUUGCCAAGAGGGAAAAAUACAGCCGCCGCCGCACCCACAAUGAUGAUGCUGAUAUCGAUUACAUCAAUGAACGUAACAUGAAUUUCAACAAGAAGUUGGAACGGUUCUAUGGUGAACACACAACAGAAAUUAAACAGAAUCUUGAGCGAGGAACAGCUGUUUGAGUGUUUCUAAAAUACUAUUUCCAUCCAAAACUGUGUCACUUUACUCGGAACUCCUCAGCUGUUUGUUGUCAAAAACAAUUUUUUUCGUGAAUUCAGAUUGACUGAUCAAAGAGUAAUUAAGUGGCUCCUUCUUAACCAUUUAGGAUAAAAAGAGAUACUGUAAAAAUAUAUAUGUAUAAUAGUGAUAAGUGCUGUACAAAUACAAAUUCCAGGUGGGAAUUUUUAUCUGGAAAAUAAAUGUACAUAGUGACGCCAUGCCAAUCCUUA